AUGGAACAAGUCAAGGUACACCAGCCACCACCUGUGAUCGCUAACAUUGAGCCCUUGGGCCGCAUCAACAACCACGAUGGUGGUGCUCCAAUAACCAAUAUGUCUCACAGGGCAAAGAAGCGUUACGCACUUGCCAACCACCCCAAGGAGGGAGAUCUGUUGAGGAGAAUUGUUUCCGGUGACGAUUUAUCUCGAAAAGCCGUCGUUGACGAGCAGGUCCAAGAUUUCAACGACGUUAAGCUGAGCCUGGGGCUGGGGCUGUCAUUGAACCGUCGGUUUGGGGUGGACCCGAAGGCCAAGGUGGGGCUACAACUCAAACGAUCGUCUUCAGUCUCAGACUUCUCGCCUGCGGUUAGGACUCCGGUGAGAGAUGAGGAGGCAACGACGUGUCACGUACCCCGGCCGUGUAUGGUGCCUCUGAUUAGGACUUGCUCACUUCCGACGGAGACAGAGGAUGAGUGGAGGAAGAGGAAGGAGCUGCAGAGCUUGAGGAGAAUGGAGGCAAAGCGGAAGCGAUCAGAGAAGCAGCAGAAGAGUUAUUCGAAGUUGCAUAGGGGCCGGACUUGGGAGAAUUUGGAGAAAGAUAGGAGAGUAGAGGCCAUCAAUGGUGGCAGUUGUCCUCCUCUUCCGAGUCCGGCGGCAUUCUGUACAGAUCCGCCAUGA